AUGCACGCGUUGCUCUUUCUUCUUUUGGACAAGACGAAAGAUUUGGUUGGCACGCGCCAGUCGAAGCAGGACAGGGAGCUGGGGGUGGUCGGCGCGCAUGGGAUCUUGCAGUCGGGUGCCGCCCAGGUCGGCCUGUGCACGGCGACGCGACUGGCCCAGGCGUCCCGUGUGAAGAUAACUGCCAGGGCCGACUUGCCGGUGGAAGUGGGCGGGGAGCCGAGCUGGUUUCCCAGGGGAAUGGGAGUCGAUUUCAGGAGCCAGGCGCUCCUGCUGGCCCGGGGGCCCAGGGACAGGCACUCCGUCGCCACCGACAUUGUCGAUUGGGCCUUGCAGAGGAGCCUGAUCGACCAUUCCGCGCGGGGCGAGCUCAUGCGGGAGAUAGCUCGGCGUAGCCAGGCGGCGCCUCGAGUCUCGACCUCGCAGUUGGCGGCCCAGGUUGCGUUCGCGUCGGGGUAG